UCUACAGAACAGGGGGAUUCCCCGAGGGAAGUUCCCAACUCAAACUAGGCUAUGUAAAACAUACAUAGCCAUAUCCUCUCGGGCGCUUCGUAACUUUGCAUCUGAAGAUUAGGCGACGACUCUGCGGUGGUGUCAACACAAUAAAUUCGACUUUAGCAGCUACAUGAAUGAAGGUAAGAGGACGCUCACCGUGGAGUCGCUGCUCCUUCGCUUUAUCCCCGCCACCGGUUGAAUGAGCUACAGCUAACCGGUCACUUACUGUUUAAGAAAUACGGAACUGUGUGGACUAGGGUUUGCAUGACACUUAAAAGUGCUUCCCUCCUGUGCCUCGGUAGGCUCCAACGUUAGUGUUAAUGUAGGGUACUUCCUCCAGGAGCCGUUGGUCUGACAGCUACUCUGUCCUUUUAUAAUGAGGAUUGCUUAAUAAUUGAAGAGCAGAUCUGGGUGACGGUGACAUCAGACUCUUGUUUUUUUUGCAUCAUCUCAAAACGUCCCCGAAAACUAUUAUCACAGGCUCAUGUCUGCUGUGUCAGGGAUGAUUGUGGAGCACACGGCAUGGAAAGGAACAUUGGAGACCAGCUCAAUAAAGCUUAUGAAGCUUAUCGCCAGGUCUCCAUUGAAAAGGACAAUGCUAAAAUGGAACUGCAACAAAUGAGUGUGUAUUAUGAGAGUUUCACUCAAAAACUUCAAAAGCAGAUAGAGGACCAGCAGCAGUUGAUUUCCAAACUUGAAGCUAAGUUAUCUUCAACAAGGCAACCACCAGAGAUGAAAUGUGAGCCUAUCUACCAUCUCCUCGAUGGGGCCAGCGCUUAUAAAAAAAUGCAGUACCCGGACAACAUGGGCACUGUUGCUCCUAUUAUGCCAGUCAACAGCAGCGUUGACUAUCAGGACAUGUUGGAAGCAUUUGAAGCGAUUCAAGGGAAAUUCCGGCAGAUUCGCUCUCUUACCAGAAGACAAAAAGAUCACCUAAAAAGAUUCCAUGAAGGAAAUGAUGUAUCAAACGGUAAUGAUCAGCGGUUUUCCAUGCCCAUCCAGUGCACAGACCGUACAGCAGAGGCACAGAGACCCUUCUCUGCAGUGCUCAGGUCAGCGGUGGAUAUUCCACUCCCGCCUACGUCUCUGGCGUCCCGCGGCACCAGCCCCGAGGACAGGGACUUAGUAGACUCUCUCACCAAACUCAGUGUCAAAUUUCCGCCCUCUGCUGACAGUGAAUAUGACUUCCUGAACAGUGCACCAGAGAGACACAUUGGUCUUACCAUGCCCACCAAGCGGCCUCUCAGUACUGUUCCCUCCACGUUGUCAGAAGAGGAGCCCGUUGAACUACCCAUGCCUUUUGUCUACCCCCCAUCCCCCUCCCACUCAACAUCAUCUUCGCUCUCCCAUGAGAGCGUGCGGGGACCCCAGCAGCCCCUCUGGAGCCCUGAGCUGUGUGAUGCAGCUGAUGUGGGGACAGAGCUGGAGACGCCUCCGAGCAGCAGUCCUGAUAAAUGUGCUUUCUGCCACGCUGUGGUGCCUCAGGAGCGAAUGAACAGCCACCUCUACUUACAUUUCUCUCCUAAAAACGAAGCCGACAAUUGACAGUGGAAGCAGAGACUGGCAAGGCCCCGGCUACUCUGAGACUUGUUGUUCUCAUGGUGUAGUCCUACCCGCCAUGAACAACAUGCGCUGUACUGGAUUUGAAAUGACACUGCAAUAGGACUUGAAUCCAUUUAUUUAAUAUAGAAGAAUUGAAUGGUACACUUUCUUGCCCAUUAUAUUUUUCUAAUAUCACGCUGAGAUUUUACUCUAGUACUAAGUGACAAUGAUACGGUAAUACUAUGAUAUAUAUGAGCAAAUAAAGCCGACAUUUACUCUUUACAUUUUAUAUCAUUGGAUUGGUUUUCAAGAUGUAAAUAUAAAUGGGGUGCUCAUAAGUUUAUCCAUACAUUAAGCGUUAAAAUGGACAAGAUUUUCAUUCUUUCUGCAAGAUGUUUAUAAAUUAUUAUGCCAAAACCUAAUUUGCAUUAUUAAUAUGUAGUUACCUUUCAAAGAAAUUAUUUGCUUUGGACAUUUGCAAUAUUUUUUGUUGAAUUAAGACACCUUUACCUCUUUUUGUUGGCAGCAAGAUGUGAUAUCUCAGAACAACCAGCGCUACACCAGGCUACAUUUUUGCUGGACUCAUCAAUGAGAGCCAACAUAUAGAGGAGGUACCUGCACACUUAGAUAUGUGCAACAUUUUCCACUUUCUUUUUGAGCUUUCGGUCUAACAGCCCUUCAUUAGAGUAUACCUCGUAUAUAUCAUAUCUCAGAACAGAUCUUUAGAAUAACAAUACCCAUCAAAUCACUCAAACGUUAAUCAAUCUUUUCCAAAACAUGACGUAUUAAUUAGCACUCUUUAGACUGGCACUACAUUCCCAUCGUUCUUUCGUGUUGUUUACUUCAACCAGGAUAAUUAGAAGCAGAUGUAUGUCAUUACUGGUGCGGGGAGAUGGGAACAUUUCCAACUUAGAAAUGAUUUUAAAAGGUAGUUAACCAUGUACUCAUUAAGAGUCUCCACAGAUAGGAACAUCUAACAUUAGGCACAAGCUUAUUGUUAAAUCACAUGGCCAUUACAUACAGUGUUUAUGUAGGCGUAAUCAUUUUAAUUGACAAAUGAACAUUAAUACUCCAGAGUUAUAAUAUAAGACAUUCCAGGUGUGCCAGUUUAAUGUGUAAUUUAAGCUAAUAUUAACAAAAUAAUAGUUGUGGAAAAACAUAUAGAAAAUUGAUACAUAAGAAGAUUAGGGCCAUAUGCGGAGAAUGUAUUUCGGCAUAUACUGAAUAUACUGUCAUAUCAUAUCAUGUCAUAUACUGUCAGCUAUACUGAAGCAUCAUCUGUUCUAUUUCCAAAUGACAAUGUAUUUUACUGAAGAGGAUUAGGGUUCAUGUGAAACAUUUAUUUCAGUUAGUUUAGAGUCAGAAUACUCUCUUUAAACUGGAAUACAUUGUCUUAUAUGGCCUUACUCUUUCCAUAAAAUACAUUGUGAUUUGGAACAGAUCAUUUUUAAGUCCGUCACAUUUCUCAGUGUGCACACAACCAUCAUUUCACUGAGUCUUUUCUGAACAGCAGCAUCGGCUUAUUGCAUGCAGCAGUAUUUAUUCACACCUUUGCAAACAAUUUCAGUGAUUUUCACCAUUGGGCGUGAUGAUGUUUGAGGAAACGAAACACUGUGUGAGUGUGUUGGAACACUGUGUUGUGCAGAGAGGACCUUGCAGCCCUCAGCUAUGGGCUGCUAACACUUUCUGGGUAGAUGAGCUAGUGUGAAGACUGCAAACAACCUUUUUUAAAUCUCUUUAAGUGUUUGGUAUUCUAACUAUAUACCACUUAUCAAAUACUGCUUAACAGACUGAUUGAUUUGUUAUAUCAACCUUAAACUGAUAUUUGCGUUGCACAUUUCACUGUGUUUCAUUAAUAGCUCUGAAGGGUGUAAAAAUAUGCAGAGUAGUAAUGCAAUAAACCAUUCUAGUGAGUCAUUGGACUUAGAGAAGAGCCUUGAUACAACAUGCCCACCAUGGAUACGUAGGAAAGAAUUUAUUCAGAUUUGAUUUUUUUUGGCAAAUGCAUAUCCCUAAUGAUCCUCUCUGGUUAAUCUGUGAAGAGUCGAACAUUGUGCAGCCUGCAUGCUUUUCUCUCUGGGAUCAUGAACAGCUGCUUGCUCAUAAUUAUGUUGUCAUUCAUUGUUAUUUGGAAGAGGGUACUCAUACUGACAGCUAGGAUUUUUUUUUCUAUGCUUCCGUACAUUGUACAUUUACACUGCUUGUGUGUGCAGUUGUGUGAACUGUUUUAGAAAAGUCCACUUCAGCUUUUUUUCACUUCCAGAAGAAUAUAAGAUGUGCCAUAUUUCCCCCUUGGACAUUUGCUACCAAAAGGCAGUACAUUUUAGAUGGAUUUAAGAGCUGUUAAAAAAAAAAAUGAAAGGGGACAAAAAAAAAGGAGAAGGAUAUGGAUUGAGACAGAGAAGUAGCAGGCUGAUUAAAAGGUGUCAACAUUGCCAGGAGCAAGAAGGUGAAAGCAAUCAGGGGUGAGAAGAGUGCAGCAUUCGUGAGGGGCAACUAAUUAUCCAUCUCAUUUGAGGAGAGAAGCAUUUGAGGCAGCUCUAGCCCACUGAAUGGUGACAGAUUGGUGCGGAGGAGAGGGGAGGUGUUAGAACAAUGGAGCCCAGCUCACCAUCAUUACUGCAUGCUAAUCAGCAGUGCUUCUGCACUACCAGUCGGUGCUGCGGAGAGUUCGGGCCGAGACAGGAGAGUCACCGGCUUCAGGGGACCAGCCGACAAGAGAGGGGGGAAUGAUGCACAGUACGGCUGUCUGCGCUUAUUUGACUUUCUAGUUUAUCCUAUGCAUCGAUUGAUCUAUGUGGCCUGUGUCAUCCGCUUGGAGGAUUAAUGCCACUAAAAGUUUAAAUCAGUAAAAUAGAAAUAAAUAGUAUACAUUUUAGGAUUUCAGACAAUGUUAUUUAAAUGCCGAUACAACACAAUGUCUAUGAGACUCAAUAAAUGCACAUUCAGUCUAUAUAAGCAAAUUACAUUUAAAUGUAUGAAAAUGAAAAAGGAGAUGGAAAAGCAGUAGAAAAGCUCAAUAAAAUGACACAAGAACAGGCUAGAUAAACCAAGAAAAUAAUUCAUUACUUUAUUGUGAGUACUGCAGAAAUAAUUGAUGAAAAAAUUCAAAUCAGAGUCAUCAUCAUAAUUUCAUAAAA